AUGACACAAUCCUAUCAAAUCAAGGACAUGCCCUUAACCUCAGGCCUCGACAAAUCCUGGGCUUCCUUCCUAAAGUCUGCACCUCGUCUCCGCCUCAACACCUUGGACUUCUCCGACCUGUGGGAUGAGGAGGACCUGGGAUUGGACAGCGCUGAGGAAGACGGAGGCACCUCGACCAAUCAAACCUCAGCAUGUCUCCAAACUCCACCCCCUCCUCCUCCCAUGCCACUCUCAGCUCCUCCCCCUCCCCUGCCCCCAGGACAUGCCUCUCCCAUGGGGAAACCUUCUGGUUGUCGUACCCUAAAGCUCCACUGGAGGGCGCUCCAGAGCCUGCCCCUCCUGCCCAGGGUUUGCCGCUUUGGGCCCCAGACCAUCUGGGCUGGGCUGGAGCCUGUGCACCUUGACACCAACCGGCUGGAGUACCUGUUUGAGACCAAGGGAAAUGGCUCCAUCUGCAGUGUGCUGACGGGAUGGCAGGUAAGAGUUGAAAUCAGAGAUCUCUUGAGUGCUCUGCAAUCCAAUUUCUUGGUGCUCUGGCUAAUUAUGUAAGGCUAAUUUUGUAAGGUAUUCUGGCUAAUGUUGUGUACCUGGAGAGGAACAAACUGUACAGACUCUACUCUGUGCUGUAAACCAUCUCUCUCUCUCCCUUUCUCUCCCCCCACCCAUCUCUUCCAGAAGCAGCCGUCUGUCUCAGUUCUGGGGGUGAAACGGAGUAACAUCAUCACCAUUGCCCUCAGUAGCCUCCCUCCUCCCCGCCUGCUGCCUCCUGCCAUUUACACCAUGGACUGUAGUGUGCUGGACAGAGAGGACGUACAGGUUGAAUCUCCACUACAGACGACUAUCAUGACUCACUGUGUAUUUUGACUCCAUAUAUAGUGACCUUUCACUGAUAAAUCAUAAACCACUGCAAAGACAACAUUGAAAAUACAAUGAGGCUAAUUGUAUUAUGCUGUAUGUCACCUUCCUCACUGCAUCUUAUACUAGUAGGAGGACUAACUUUUACUCCACUUACUGCCAACUCAUCUCUACCACAGUACAUCAGCCUGUACCAUACUAUAGGCAUACCUUCUCCACUGACUUUCACAUCCAUCUUAAUCCCUUCUCUCUCUCUCUCCAUCCAGCGUCUCCAGUCCCUGGUCCCCAGUGAAGAGGAGCUGUCUCUGAUCAGGAAGGCCCAGGCCGAGUCCCCCCACUCACCUCUUGCCCCGGCUGAGCUCUGUCUCCUAACCCUGGGGGAGAUCACUUACCUGAGCCCCAGGCUUCAGCUCUGGGCCUUCGCUCAGGACUAUGACACCCUGGAAAGAGUAGGUGUCCGAGUGUCAUAAAACAGAAGGCAGAAUAAGUGAUUAGAGGAGGUGGAGGAUGGAUGGAUGGAUGGAUGGAUGGAUGGAUGGAUGGAUGGAUGGAUGGAUGGAUGGAUGGAUGGAUGGAUGGAUGGAUGGAUGGAUGGAUGGAUGGAUGGAUGGAUGGAUGGAUGGAUGGAUGGAUGGAUGGAUGGAUGGAUGGAUGGAUGAAUGGAUGGAUGGAUGAAUGGAUGGAGAAUUGAUAAGGUGCUGUCACCUUGUGGAAUUAUGGUUUAUUACAGAGGUGUUGUAGAGCUUUUUAACGUUGAACAGUGAUGCAGGGUCGUAUUCAUUAGGCCACAAACGGAAGAAAACGGAUUGAAAGAAGGAGGGACUACUUUAACAUGUCCAAUAAGAAUUACAAGUCCCCCCCACACAUUUUUAAAAAUAAGUUUUGCUACUGUGUGCACUAAUGAAUACAACCCUGAUUUCUUUAAUACUUGGGUGCACUGAAGUUAUUUGACAGUUUUGACACUUAUUGUGAAUGUGUUGCUUACGUAUUGCUGUAUGUUAUUUAUACAACCAGGAAAUUGCAGAGCCUCUCUUCCACUUGAAGCUUGCCAUGGAACAGCUGGCAGCCAAUCAGACCUUCAGAUGCAUCUUGGCCACUGUGCUAGCCAUUGGUAACUUCCUCAAUGGAUGCAAGGUGAACAACAUACCACCAUCAACUCCUUUCUAUUUGUCUAGUUUCUCUUUUUCAGUGUUGUUGCAGUGAUCUAUAGCUGUUUUGCUAGCACAGACUGGAACAUGUUCCGGGAUUCUUCAGAUAGCAUUGAGGAGUACACCACAUCAGUCACUGGCUUCAUCAAUAAGUGCAUCGAUGACGUCGUCCCCACAGUGACCGUACGUACAUACCUCAACCAGAAGCCAUGGAUUACAGGCAACAUCCGCACUGAGCUAAAGGGUAGAGCUGCCACUUUCAAGGAGCGGGACUCUAACCCGGACGCUUAUAAGAAAUCCUGCUAUGCCCUCCGACGAACCAUCAAACAGGCAAAGAGUCAAUACAGGCAGGACUAAGAUUGAAUCGUACUACACCGGCUCUGACGCUUGUCGGAUGUGGCAGGGCUUGAAAACUAUUACAGACUACAAAGGGAAGCACAGCCGCGAGCUGCCCAGUGACACAAGACUUCCAGACAAGCUAAACCACUUCUAUGCUCGCUUCGAGGCAAGCAACACUGAAGCAUGCAUGAGAGCACCAGCUGUUGCGGAUAACUAUGUGAUCACGCUCUCCGCAGCCAAUGUGAGUAAGACUUUUAAGCAGGUCAACAUUCACAAGGCCGCAGGGCCAGACGGAUUACCAGGACGUGUACUCCGAGCAUGUGCUGACCAACUGGCAAGUGUCUUCACUGACAUUUUCAACAUGUCCCUGACUGAGUCUGUAAUACCAACAUGUUUCAAGCAGACCACCAUAGUCCCCGUGCCCAAGGACACUAAGAUAACCUGCCUAAAUGACUACCGACCCGUAGCACUCACGUCUGUAGCCAUCAAGUGCUUUGAAAGGUUGGUCAUGGCUCACAUCAACACCAUUAUCCCAGAAUCCCUAGACCCAAUAACAUUUGCAUACUGCCCCAACAGAUCCACAGUUGAUCCAAUCUCUAUUGCACUCCACACUGCCCUUUCCCACCAGUACAAGAGGAAAACCUACGUGAGAAUGCUAUUCAUUGACUACAGCUCAGCAUUCAACACCAUAGUGCCCUCAAAGCUCAUCAAUAAGCUAAAGAUCCUGGGACUAAACACCUCCCUCUGCAACUGGAUCCUGGACUUCCUGACGGGCCGCCCCCAGGUGGUAAGGUUAGGUAACAACACAUCUGCCACACUGAUCCUCAACACGGGGGCCCCUCAGGGGUGCGUGCUCAGUCCCCUCCUGUACUCCCUGUUCACCCAUGACUGCAUGGCCAGGCACGACUCCAACACCAUCAUUAAGUUUGCCGACGACACAACAGUGGUAGGCCUGAUCACCGACAACGAUGAGACAGCCUAUAGGGAGGAGGUCAGAGACCUGGCCGUGUGGUGCCAGGAUAACAACCUCUCCCUCAAUGUGACCAAGACAAAGGAGAUGAUUGUGGACUACAGGAAAAAAAGAGGACUGAGCAUGCCCCCAUUCUCAUUGACGGGGCUUUAGUAGAACAGGUUGAGAGCUUCAAGUUCCUUGGUGUCCACAUCACCAACGAACUAUCAUGGUCCAAACACACCAAGACAGUCGUGAAGAGAGCACGACAAAGCCUAUUCCCCCUCAGGAGACAGAAAAUAUUUGGCAUGGGUCCUCAGAUCCUCAAAAAAUUAUACAGCUGCACCAUCGAGAGCAUCCUGACUGGUUGCAUCACCGCCUGGUAUGGCAACUGCUCAGCCUCCGACCGCAAGGCACUACAGAGGGUAGUGCGUACGGCCCAGUACAUCACUGGGGCAAAGCUUCCUGCCAUCCAGGACCUCUAUUCCAGGCGGUGUCAGAGUAAGGCCCUCAAAAUUGUCAAAGACUCCAGCCACCCUAGUCAUAGACUGUUCUCUCUGCUACCGCACGGCAAGCAGUUCCGGAGUGCCAAGUCUAGGUCCAAAAGACUUCUCAACAGAUUCUACCUCCAAGCCAUAAGACUCCUGAACAGCUAAUCAUGGCUACCCGGACUAUUUGCACUGCCCUCCCACCCCCACCCCAUCUUUUUACGCUGCUGCUACUCUGUUAAUUAUUUAUGCAUAGUCACUUUAACUCUACCCACAUACAUAUUACCUCAACUACCUCAACUAGCCGGUGCCCCCGCACAUUGACUCUGCACCGGUACCCCCCCUGUAUAUAUAGCCUGCCUACUGUUAUUUUAUUUUACUUCUGCUCUUUUUUUCUCAACACUUUUUUUUUUAUUGUUGUUUUAUUUUACUUUUUUUUUUUUAAAUAAAUGCAUUGUUGGUUAAGGGCUGUAAGUAAGCAUUUCACGUUCAUGUAUACACCUGUUGUAUACGGCGCAUGUGGCCAAUAAAAUUUGAUUUGAUUUGAUAUCUUUCCUCUGUCUAAGUCAGCGCUUCCCAAACUCGAUGCACGUUUUUAUUUUUUACACUACACAGCUGAUUCAAAUGAUCAAAGCUUGUUGAUUAGUUGAUUAUUUGAAUGAGCUGUGUAGUGCUAUGGCAAAAACCAAAACGUGCAUCCCUUGAGGUCCUGAGGACCGAGUUUGGGAAACCCUGGUCUAAAUCCUAGCAAUCUAACUUUCUUUCUCGCCCCUCUCUCUCUCUCCUCAUAUCUCUCUACUAGAACGAGUAGAGGAGCUCGAGUCUCAGUACUAGCUCGGAUAAGCUAGGUCUCUCUACCUUAGUCUCGCUCUCUGUUCGACCUCUUCCUGUUCUCUCCCUCUCUCUACCUCUCUCUCUCCCCCUCUCUCUAGGCCAGUGGUUUUGAGUUGAGUUACCUGGGGAAGCUGUCUCAGGUCAGAGAUACACACUCCCGUCAGCCUCUGCUGCACCAUAUGUGUGUUCUGCUGCUGCAGCUCUACCCACAGUCCUCAGACCUCUACUCUGAUAUCACCUCUGUCACCCGCGCCAGCAAGGUGUGUGUGUGUGUGAGAGAGAGAGAGUGAAAGACAGAGUGAGUAGUGUAUAUCUAUGUGUUAGUGUGUGUGUGACCACUCUGUCUCUCUCCCAGUGUGACUACACCCAGGUCCAAUCCAGCCUCUCACAGCUGGAGGCCCUUUGCAAAUCAUCAUGGGACCAGCUGCGUCUGCUAGAACGGGAGGAUCAGAAGAAGAGAGGAGGACGAGACAGAGGAGGGGAGCGGGAGGGCACCCUGCGGCAGAGGUUACCUACGUUCCUGAAGGAAUGUGAGGACAGGCUGAAGGUACUGAGAGCUGUCCAUCGGAGGGUUAUCAACAGGUGAUGUCUGAAUAUUGUAACUUGUGUAAGAGUGUAACUUUACUUAAAUUACUUAAUACGAUACUUUACAUUAAGGUACGCUUAAAAUGAUGUUUAAAGGGCUUAUAAGUAGUUUAUAAAGUUGAUUUGAUUAGUUUAGAGGUUCAUAAAUCUGGAAUAAACAGAUAUUACACUAAAAUUGGGUGGUUGUUGUUUCUCUCUCUUUUCCUCCCUCCCGCUAUCUCUCUCUAUCUCUCUCGCUCACACAACCCAUUCUCCUCGACUCUCUUCUACAAUAUCUUCCUCCUCUCUCUCUCCGCUUCCAUCUACCUCUCUCACGCUCUCGCUCCUCAUCCUCAUCUCUCUCUCUCCUCAUCUCUCUCUCUUCCUCUCUCUCUCUCCUCUCUCUCUUCUCUCUCUCUCUCCCUCUCUCUCUCUCUUCUCUUCUCUUCUCUCUUCUCUCUCUCAUCCAACCUUCUUCUCUCUCGGUCUCUCUCAUCUCUCUCUCUUUGUUUCUCUUAUCUCUCCAUCGUCUAGACUCAACUUCUGCAGACGUUCACACUUCCUUUGAAUUUCUGGCUACCUCUCAGUCACGAUGGUGAGAGAGACGAAUGCGGAGGACUCGAAGAACGCGUCAGAGCGAUUCCCUCUGGAACUACAGACCUAACCCUCUCUCUCCCAUCCUGCACAGACUCGGUGAGGAGGGAGAGGAGGGAGGCGAGAGAAGGAGGGAAGACAGAGUCCCGCGGUUACCUGCAACCAAGGAGCAACACAAACACCACUACCAUCACCACCACCACCAGACACCUUCUCAGGUAGAGACUGAGGGGAGAGCGAGAGAGAGGGAGAGAAGGAGAGAACUGACAGUAUCACUAAAACCAGGAGUGUAUUCAAUAGGAACCAAAUGGAAGCAAACAACCGAAACGGGGAGGGACUAACCUGAACUUGUCCAAUAAGAUACUUUUAUUUGUUGCAAAACAUUUUGUUACGGUGUGCACUAAUGGAUAUGGUAGUUGAAGUGGAUGGUCGUUUAAAGCUGGGAUCCGCGAUAGGCGAAACAGCGCCACUGGCUGCCCCAGGCACAUUUGUUAUUGUUUUUGUUUUGAGGAAAUUAGCAUCCAGCAACAUGGUAGAAAAAAAAUCGUAGUACAUACUCUGCUGUUCUAUUGCGCAUGCAAUGAUGUGCAAUGCUGGCCGAGGGGAAAAAACGGGUCUUGAAGUGACGUCUUUGUCAUUGUUGUUACUAACUCAGUGGCCUUGUGGUUAGAGUUUCCGCCCUGAGUUUGGAAGGUUGUGAGUUCAAUCCCUGGCCGAGUCAAACCAAAGAAUGAAAAAAUGGGACCUGAUGCAUCUUUGCUUGGCACUCACCAUUAAGGAGCAAGAUUGGGGGUAAUGCCUUGUGAUAGACUACGGUCCUGUCCAGGGGGUGUACUUGUACAUCAAGUUGCCUCACACUACAGAAACAGGCUAAGGCUUGUGCAAAGCUACUUACUUUGUUGUAGUAAUAUCUCAAAUGGAUGUGGCAGAUUCACUGCUAUGGAUUCCGGCUUUAAGUGGAACUACAAAUGUAUACAUAAAUUAUAAGUAGCCUACUAAUAUCUGUGUUUUUAUGAAUUUCUCAUUUUCAUAACUGUAUGUUGUUAAUUCCUCAGGAGAGCUUGGAGCAGUGCAAACUAGAGGAAGUAUUGAAGACCCCAGAAUCUGACUUUCAGUUAGAUUCUACCCUUCCACGCCACCGCAGUAAGAAGACUGAUAUCAGAGGUACACACACACACAGAGAAAUGUACACACACACACACACACACACACACACACACACAAACUCACCUUACCUAUUUUUUGGUGUUUCAGGUCCACUCUCCCAGAAGCUGAAGUGGUGACAUAUGAAGUGAAGUGUGUCGUCUGUCCUGCAUUUCUGUCUAUAUCUGUUUGUCAUACGUUUUGAAGAAUCAUGCUUUGUUAUUACUACACAGGUGACUAUAGUCACUGUAAAUGCAUACUGUUUAGCAUACCAUAGUCCCUGUAUGCUGUAUGCUACAAUCUUAUAAAAUAUUCUGUCAUGCACUUCAACAAGCACAUAGGCCUACUUAUUCUCAUUCACAAACACAAUCUUAUCCACAGUCAGACUAACACAGCAGUAUGUAAAAUAAAUAUGUGUAAAUAUAUGUGAAACAUAAAAAACUUGC